CCCGGCUGCCAUGUUGCAGCGCGCGUGACAUCCGGGCCGCACGUCAGAGUGCGGAUUGUGUAUGUUCCCUUCUCCAGUCAGCCGGGUCCUAGCCCGCUCGGUGCUAAUGGAGUAACCCGGGCCCGGCUCCCGGCAGCGGCUAGUCCCCGGGUCCACCCAGCGAGCAGGGACGCCGCGUCCGGCCUCCCGGCCGCCGCGAUGCCCAGCGUGCGGCUGCCACCCAAGGAGAGCGCCCUCUUCAAACGCGUUCUGAAAUGUUAUGAACAGAAGCAGUACAAAAAUGGCCUCAAGUUUUGCAAGAUGAUUCUUUCAAAUCCUAAAUUUGCUGAACACGGAGAGACUUUGGCUAUGAAAGGAUUAACGUUGAACUGUUUAGGAAAAAGAGAAGAAGCAUACAAAUUCAUUCGUAAAGGACUUCAUAAUGAUGUCAGGAGUCAUGUCUGUUGGCAUGCGUAUGGCCUUCUGCAACGUUCUGAUAAGAAAUAUGAUGAAGCUAUUAAGUGUUACCGAAAUGCCCUCAAAUUAGAUAAAGAUAAUCUGCAAAUCUUGAGGGAUCUCUCUCUGUUGCAGAUUCAGAUGCGAGAUCUUGAAGGUUAUCGAGAGACAAGAUAUCAGCUUCUUCAAUUGCGCCCAACACAGCGUGCUUCCUGGAUUGGGUAUGCCGUUGCAUACCAUCUGCUGAAAGAUUAUGAUAUGGCGCUAAAGCUAUUAGAAGAAUUUAGACAGACUCAGCAAGUUCCUCUCAACAAAGUAGAUUAUGAAUAUAGUGAACUGAUACUAUAUCAGAAUCAAGUGAUGAGAGAGGCAGAUUUAUUUCAGGAAUCUUUGAAUCAUAUAGAAACGUACAAGAAACAGAUAUGUGAUAAACUUUUGGUAGAAGAAAUUAAGGGGGAAAUGCUGUUGAAAUUGGGAAGAUUAAAAGAAGCCAGCGAAGUAUUCAAAAACUUGAUUGAUCGCAAUGCAGAAAAUUGGUGUUAUUAUGAAGGCUUGGAAAAAGCUUUGCAACUUCGCUCUUUAGAAGAGAGACUUCAGAUUUACGAAGAAAUUAGUAAGCAGCACCCCAGAGCAAUUUCACCUAGAAGAUUACCUUUGAACCUUGUCCCAGGUAAAAAAUUUCGAGAACUCAUGGAUAAAUUCCUGAGACCAAACUUCAGUAAAGGUUGCCCACCCUUGUUUACUACUUUGAAAUCUUUAUAUUGUAAUACAGAAAAGGUUUCAAUAAUCCAGGAAAUUGUUACUAAUUAUGAAGCUUCUCUUAAAAUGAAUGACUUUUUUAGUCCUUCUGAGAAUGGGGAAAAGGAACCUCCAACGACUCUACUCUGGGUUCAAUAUUUCCUGGCACAGCACUUUGAUAAACUUGGGCAAUAUUCUCUGGCUUUGGAUUAUAUUAAUGCUGCUAUUGCCAGUACUCCAACUCUAAUAGAAUUAUUCUAUAUGAAAGCAAAAAUUUACAAGCAUAUGGGUAAUCUCAAAGAAGCUGUAAAGUGGAUGGAUGAAGCACAGUCUUUGGACACAGCUGAUAGAUUCAUUAAUUCCAAAUGUGCAAAAUAUAUGCUUCGAGCAAAUAUGAUAAAAGAAGCAGAGGAAAUGUGUUCCAAAUUCACAAGGGAAGGAACAUCUGCCAUGGAAAAUUUAAAUGAAAUGCAGUGUAUGUGGUUUCAGACAGAAUGCAUUUUGGCUUAUCAGCGGCUAGGGAGAUACGGUGAUGCCUUGAAAAAAUGCCAUGAAGUAGAACGACAUUUUUUUGAGAUAACCGAUGAUCAAUUUGACUUCCAUACAUACUGCAUGAGAAAGAUGACCCUUCGUGCUUAUGUUGACCUUUUGAGAUUAGAAGAUAUUCUCAGAAGACAUGCCUUUUAUUUCAAGGCUGCUAGAUCAGCAAUUGAAAUAUACUUGAAAUUACAUGAUAACCCUUUAACCAGUGUGAGCAAACAACAAGAAAUAAAUGCAGAAAAUCUGUCGACCAAAGACUUGAAGAAAAUGCUUAGCAAGCAAAGAAGAGCUCAGAAAAAGGCUAAGUUAGAAGAAGAGAGAAAGCAUGCAAAAAAGGAAUGUCAACCAAAAAAUCAAAAGAAAAAAAGAGAUGAUGAAGAAGAAGUCAGUGAUUUUAAGGAAGAACUGACACCUGAAAAACUAGAAAGGGUAGAAAAUCCAUUAGAAGAAGCCAUCAAGUUCCUCACACCACUUAAGAACCUUGUUGCUGAUAACAUUUACACCCAUCUGUUAGCAUUUGAAAUAUACUUUAGAAAAGGAAAGUUUCUGUUAAUGUUGCAGUCUGUUAAACGAGCCUUUGCUAUCGACAGUAAUAAUCCAUGGUUGCAUGAAUGCUUAAUUAGAUUUUCUAAAUCUGUAUCUAAUCAUAGUAAUCUUCCAGACAUUAUGAGCAAAGUUCUUUCUCAAGAAAUGCAGAAACUAUUUGUCAACAAAGAUUUGCACAGUUUUAAUGAGGAUUUUCUCAAACACAACACUACCUCUCUUCAGCAUCGACUUUCAGGUGCUAAAAUGAUGUAUUUUCUGGACAAGUCAAGGCAAGAGAAAGCAGUUGCUAUAGCCACUAGGGUGGACGAAACAAUAAAAGAUAAAAAUGUGAAGAUUUUAAUAAAGGUUUCUGAAGCACUACUCAAUGGCAGCUUUGGGAACUGUAGUUCCCAGUAUGAAGAAUACAGGAAGGCCUGUCAUAACCUGCUUCCAUUUGCAUCUGCCUUCCUGCCACCUGUGAAAGAAACCCUCAGUCCUGCUGCAGCGCUGAACCACACAGCUGACUCUGAUGUCUUGGCAUGUGAAAUUUGAAGUCUUGUGGGAAGUUGGCUCCCACAGACUCAAAGCUGAAUUCACAUCAGGGUUUCUUUUCUAGGUGAAUUUUAAUAUUGGUAGGAAAUGAAAUAUUUGCAAGUUUUGAAUGGUAUGUUGUAUAAACUUUAUUCUGUCUCUGUCAAUUUAUAUAGAUCUGUUAAAAAUAACUUGUUUAUACUUGUACAGCCUUAAACUCUUGAGUAAUCAUCACUGUUGCUUCUAUAUUAUAUUCAAGAGAGUUUCUGAUGAAGUCGUAGACAGUGCUCUUGUGUAAUUUUUUUUUUUUUUUUUUUUAGGCCAGGGUCCCCCUGAACCCCCAACUGGCCUGGAAUUCACUAUGUAGACCAGGCUGGUCUUGAACUCACAGAGAUCUGCCUGCUUCUGCUUCCUGAAUGCUGGGAUUAAAGGCAUGUGCCACCACACCCAGCUGUGUUAUUUUCUCUAGCUCCUAGUUUCAGUAUCUCUUGAUCCCUUGUUUUAUUUGUCAUGUUUAUUUGCUUGCUUAUUGUAUUUUAAAGUGUUAACUGUAUAUUAAGAAAUAUCUAUAUUUUUCAUUUUGGUAGAUACUGAGAUUUGCUCCUUUUUCACUUAAUUUUUCAUGAUUGGCCAUUUCCUUUGUAAUAUAUACAAAAAUGACACUUCAUGCUUUAAUAAGAGUAUUCUAGUUUUAUGUUGAUUCAGAAUGUGAAGACUGGCUUGCCUCUUACCAUGUAAAUUUACUGGUAAGUUGGUUGUGUAUCUAUCCUAAUCUUAAAGACUCACGUGGAGGAAUUGUACUUUCUUCAUUGAGUUGCUUAGAGUUAACAAGUAGCUUAUUCUGAGAAGUGUGCUUCAAGGGAAGAUAAUAGGGCAAAAUACUAAUUAAAAUACUGUCACCCUUACCAUUCAUUAACUAUUAAAUGAAUUUUUAGAUCUCUCAGUAAAAUGAGAAUUUAAACUAUCAUUAAUUGAACUGCUAAAUCAUAGUGUUGUUAAACAAUAUUUGGGAGGGACCUUUUUGCUAUAUCUUAUAUAGCAAACAAUAUGUCUUAGCUGUGUAAAUAUGUCUAUUAUCUACUGCUCUUAAGCAGAUGUAAACCCAGAGGGUGAUUUUAUUUAGAUAAACAGCUCUAAGUGAUUUUUCUUUUGUCUCUUUAGAUUCAUAAUUUCUGAGAGGGGGACAAAUUCACUGUAAAAUAAUGCCAACCUAGAUAAUGCAUAAUAAAUUAUUUUG